AUGGACUCGGGAAAGAGCUCGGAGGCCGGAAGCAGUGGCGCCGGCGGUGCGUCGUCGGCCACUGACUACGAGGUCUUCUUGAGUUUCAGAGGGCUGGACACUCGCCAAGGAUUCACGGAUUUCCUUUACCACGAUAUGCUAGACGCGAACAUCCGUGUUUUCUUGGACAAGGAAGAGCUCCACGUAGGUAAAGAAAUAGCCGGCGAGCUACCGAAGGCCAUCGAGAAGUCGAGGAUCUACGUACCCAUCUUCUCUAAAGGUUAUGCUUCGAGCGUGUGGUGCCUGCGCGAGCUCGCGCACAUGGUGGAGUGCUGGAAAUCCAAACCAUCCGAGAAGGAGAUCAUGCCGAUUUUCUACGACGUGGGAUCUGACGAUGUUAAGCUCAAGUCUCCACUUUACGUGGGCGCUUUGGGUGAGCACGAGAAGAAAUAUGGCCGCGAGAGGAGGGAGAAGUGGGAGGAUGCCCUCCAAAGCGUUUCCAGAAUCAGAGGAUGGGAGCUGAAAAGCCAAGGGCACUGGAAUUUCAUUAAAAGGUUGGUACGGGAGAUUGUGAUGAAGCUAAAGACAAGAGACAAAUAUGUUGUCGAGCAUUUAGUUGGAAUGGAUGAUCAAGUGGAAGCGGUUCUGAAGUUGUUGGACAUGGGCUCCGGGGGCAUGCGCUUUGUGCUAAUCCAUGGAAUGGGCGGAAUCGGCAAAACGACUCUCACUAAGGAUGUGUUCAACAAACUGAAUUCCCUCUUCAGUCAUAGCUGCUUCUUGGGAAAUGUCCGGGAAUCUUCGGUUAGCUUGGGCUUCGUAAGUUUACAGAAACAGCUAUUGUCUAACAUGUUGGGUUCGGACUUUCGAGAUGAAAUAAACGAUGCCGACGAUGGGAUCGAGGUGAUUGUGAAGCGACUGUCUAACAGGAAAGUCUUCAUCGUCCUUGACGACGUCAAUGAUGAGGAGCAACUCGAGAAACUAGCCAUCAAGCGUCUUCCGUUUGGCUCAGGAAGCAGAAUUAUAAUUACAACUAGGAACAAAAGAGUCGUUGAAGCUGACCAAACUUUGCGGUACGAAGUGAAGCCAUUGGAUCCCGUUCAGUCGCUUGAGCUUUUCACUAGACAUGCUUUUGGAGGCAAUCCUCCUCCAAAUGAUUAUGUCAAUCUUUCGAAACAAGUAGUUUCUACAACCGGAGGACUUCCCUUGGCCCUCGAAGUUGUAGGCUCAUUACUUCGUCGCCAAAGCAAAGCCUCCUGGUUUGAAGUACUGGAAAAUCUGAGGGAAGUACCUCAUGAAAAGGUUCAGGACAAGCUGAAGAUCAGCUACAAUGGGCUGAGUUCGGAGCAAAAACAGAUCUUUCUCGACAUCGCCUGUCUCUUUGUGGACGAAGACAAGACGAAUGCAUACUACAUGUGGAAAGAUUGUGGGUUUUCUCCGGUUUAUUCUGUUGAAGUCCUUGUCUGCAUGUCGUUGAUAAAGAUUACUGAUGACAACAAAUUCUGGAUGAACGAUCAAUUGAGAGAUCUCGGUAGGAAAAUUGUCCGUGGAGAUACGAGGCUGAUGGAUCAAAGAAAGCAAAGCAGAUUGUGGGUUCCUGAGACGGCCAGUGAUAUCGUAGGAACAAAAGAGAGAAAGGAGGCCAUUGAAGCAGUCUGCUUAAGAGGAGGAACCUAUACGGGCAAAGAGUUUUCAAGGCUUCCAAACAUAAGGUUCCUCAAAUUAUUUGGGGGACAUUUAGAUGGAGAUUUUGAGAGUCAGCUUAAAAAGUUAAGAUACGUGUCCUGGCAAAGGUGUCCUCGAGACCUCUUGGCCAUCAAUUUCCAUCCAAGCAAUCUUGUAGUUCUCAACGUGUCUGAUAGUUCCAUCACAGAGGACUGGACCGGAUGGAGUCAAAUCAAGGUUGCGGAGAAGCUCAAAGUUCUAGAUCUCACAUAUUGCUACAACAUGACCAGGACUCCAAACUUCUCUGGUUAUUUGAGUUUAGAGAGAUUGAUCCUUAAAGAUUGCACAAGUCUGGUUGAGAUAGAUGGUUCCUUCGAAAAGCUCAAGUGCCUGAUCUACUUCAAUGCGAAUUGGUGUACGGAUCUUACGGAGUUGCCCAAAGGGAUUGGAGAGUUAGAGAAGCUCGAGUACUUGUACUUAGGGAACUGCAAAAAGUUGAGGAAGCUGCCUGAAUCAUUUGCGACAGUGACAUCGCUGAUUGAGUUGGAUCUCUCGUAUACAGCUAUCACGAGAUUGCCUGAUUCCAUAGGUAGCCAAAAGCGCUUGUCGGUUCUUAAACUGCAAGGUACAAAAAUCAAUAGACUUCCCACUUCUGUUGUGAAUCUACCAGAACUCAAGUCUCUCUUUCUAUCACAAGCUUCCAUAGAGAAACUUCCGGUCUCGAUUGGGAAGUUGGAAUCGCUACUCGAGUUGGAUGUCUCGGCAACAAAUUGUCUGCGGUUACCUGGAUCUAUUGGAAACCUAUGUAGAUUAAAAGUCCUCAAUCUUGCGUCUUCUUUGAUAAGGGAGCUACCGCCUAGCAUUGUCGAGCUAAAAGAGUUGGAAGAGCUACAUGCCGAGGAUUGCCGGGAUCUAGAGUGGGAAAUUCCCGAGGGCAUUGGGGAGUUAAAGCUUUUGAGAGUUCUUAACUUGGAAUUUACCCUUACUAGAAAUGUUCCGGAGUCGAUCCAACUUCUUCCUCACCUAGAGAUGUUGGGACUAUGUGGUUGUAGCAAACUCGAAGUCUUACCUAAGCUUCCCGCAAGUUUGAUAAGCCUAAGCUUUGGAUCAAGUUCGCUGAAGCGGGUCGAGGAUCUCUCAAACCUAACUAAAUUGGCGGAGUUGAGGUAUAGUGGUCAUGCUGAGAACUUUCAUCCCUUGUUCUCCCUAGAUGGUCCAUGCCGACAAUCCCUCGUGUUCCUUCAACCGUCUCUGUCAACAUUGUCGCUCCAAUAUCAUGAAUCCAGAACCAGUUUAUCAUUUGGUCAAGACUUGAGAAACUUGACACGUUUGUUCAUGUAUAAAUGUUGGUGGAAGGAGGUUCAGCUCAAUGGGCUUGAACAGUUGAUUGAAUUCGAAGUGGAAGGGUUAGAACUCCUCGAGGGAUUUGCCGGUCUUUCAAGUUUGAAGAGGUUGAGGCUGUUGACGCUGAUCGAUUGCCCUAAUCUAACUGCGAUCCAAGGUCUCGAAUCGCUGGAGUCGUUGGAGCAUUUGGACGUAAGCGGGUGUCUUGAGAUUGAAAGUCUAGACCUAUCGGAUCUGAAAAAGCUCAAGUCCUUGAAAAUUCAAGAAUGCGAAGGGCUUCAGGAAGUUAAGGGCCUGGAUGAACUAAAGUCGCUCACAAAUUUGGAAUUGAUCGGCUGCAUAUCAUUGAGUGACGGAUACAAUUCGAAACUACCAGGUGAGUGCUCACAAACAAUUCUCGGCUGCCCAAAUUUUAGUCCUGAUAUGAUUCAAAGCAGAGUCGGCAUGAACAAGCAACGGAUGGUCCGGCAACCAAAAAGGGAAAGAGAACUGGGAAUGUAAGAUGAGGCGGCCAUUCUGUCGGGCUCGCGCUCGCGUGUUACUAAUAAGUAAGCACCAUUUUUGUGGCAUUCAAGCGAAGAGAUGAUCGACUCGAAGAUUGGUCAUACUCCGAUGAUUCUCACGUUAUUUGUAAAUGCUAUAUUUAACAAGC